GUUUUGUUUACCAAAAUCUUGCUUGCAUUCUUAUAUGCUAAACACGGUAAUUUAAUCGUGCGGAUUGUUUGAAUUAUUGUGAAUAUAGUUUUCAUAUUAACGGCAGUGGGCUACGGGUUUCGAGUGUAAAAGCAGCAUGAACGGCAAUCUGCUUCUCGUCGUUUGUCUUUCAACACUUCGAAAACUAGUAGCAGACAUCGGCACACCAUGUACGGUGACAUCAGACUGCAACACGACAACAGUGGCCGGCACAGUUUGUGACACAAUAAUGUCUCCCCCAGUGUGUAAGCUAGGUUCUGCAGCAAAUUGUACCAACAACCAAGAUGAUUGCGCUUCCAACUCCUCCUGCAUCGCAAAUGCUUGUCGUUGCACGGUUUUCACACACACAGAAGAAACGUCGACAAAAUUGUGCAAGAAAGAUAUCGGACAAACCUGCGCAGGCCUUACGGAUUGUGUGAUUUCACAAGCUGUAUGUGAUGCAACUGAAGCAGUUCCUGUCUGCAAACUAGCUGCUGAUCAGUCCUGCGUCAUAGAGGCUGACUGUGCUGCCAAUUCUGAAUGCAGAAAUUCAACAUGUUCCUGCAGGACGGGUUAUAUGAAGCAGGCUGACAAGUCAUGUCUUCCGGGUUUGGGAACCGCCUGUUCGUCUACGCUCGCUUGUGACAGAACUGCAAAUACCGGAGUCGUUUGUGACAACACAAAUGUAUGCAAACUACCGUUAGGCGCAACCUGUAUCGCAAGCACUGACUGUGUGUCCGGGGCUAGUUGCAGCACGAUUUGUUCCUGCAGUAAGGGGUAUAUAGCAGACGUUCCAUAUGUGUUGUGUCUAGAAGAACCAAUCGCCUGCGCCGCAUCCACCGAAAAUGGAAUUGUCUGGCCAGAGGCACUUGAUGGACAUAUAUCUCGUAACAGAUCAUGUCCAGAGGGAUACCAAGGCGAUAUUUAUCGUCGUUGUGAGAAUGGCAUUUAUCUGAACCCCGUUAACAAUUGUACAAGAAGGGCCAUACAGGAUUUGCACGCUCAGGUGUUUAAUGGCUCCCUCAAUUCCACAGAGGCUUUAUCAAAGCUUAAACAGGCAACAAAUACCUGGACAGCAGCUAACGAGAAUUUGCCAACAACGGGCGAUCUACAGACUCUUAACCAAAUCCUUGAUAAAGUCAUUGACGACAUCGAACUUAAUUCUACCACAGUCGAGAACGUCGCCGACAGUGUCUUUGAAGUUGCGAAUAAUUUACUGGAUGAAAGUUCGACAUCGUCAUGGAAAAGUUUAGUUAAUGACAAGGGGGUUGGUGCCGACUCAGUAAUAACCACAAUCGACCGGUUUAUUUCGAAAGUUGUCAACUCGUCUGCUACGGUUUUGAACAUGACGUUCGACAUGCCAAACUUGUUUGCAGAAAUUGGGCAAGUGGACAGUUGUGAACACAUUAUGUUUCCGUCCACGACCAUUAAAGCUGAAAAGGCCAAUAAAAGUAUGGAUGAUCUGAUCGUCGUUGGCUGUGGACCAGGUAAACAAGUAUUUAGUGGCGGCUUAUUUAAAAACAUGUCGGGAAUGCUGCCUUCCACUUCAAACGAUAUUGACUCAUUAGAUAGUUCAAUCAACGGGCCGGUAUUGUCCUUCAGUUUUCACAGACAAGCAAUCAGAACAGUGGACGUCAGAAUAACCUUCCAUAUUUUUGAUAGAAAGCUAACAGAUCCCUCCUGUUUAUACUGGGAAACAAAUCAAAGCAGGAAAGGCCGUUGGUCCACUGACGGAUGCAUUUUAGAACAAUUUGACAGAGAAAAGGGAACCGUGACCUGCCAUUGUAACCAUCUGACAAACUUUGCUGUUCUCAUGAGCCCCACCAGUAUCACUGAAACGAAUACUGUUCACCAACGCCGCCUUAGAGUUUUGUCAAUCGUGGGAUGCAGUAUAUCUAUAAUUGGCUUGGUUCUUACCAUUACGACCAUCGUGUUCUUCUGGAAGGCUUUACGUUCGAGGAGGUCAAUUUUGCUGCUAAACUUAUGUUCGGUUCUUCUUUUGGCGUAUGUCAUCUUUCUGGCAGGGGUAGAUAAAACUUCACAACACGCCGUGUGCACUUCGAUUGCUGUUCUGCUCCACUACAUAUUUUUGACUGCCUUUUUCUUGAUGCUCUCAGAAGGAUGUAUUAUUGCGCAAGUGGUGCUUAGACCCUUCGACAAAAGGAACUAUUUGCCAGCACUGCUUGGAAUUUCCUACGGAAUGCCCUUGGUCGUUGUGUCCAUUUCAGCUGCAGCAUCGAAGCUGAAUGGUUAUGGAAAUGAUAAAUUCUGCUGGCUCAGCAUUGAUUCGGGACUUUUCUGGGCUUUUGCUGGACCGGCGUUGACAGUCAUAUUUGUGAACACCAUCAUCUCGGUCGCUGUCAUCAAAACGAUGUUUGGGACUUCCGCUAUCUCAAAACGCACGGAUGCUGACAAAAUCAAGACCGGGAUACGUAGCGUGUGUGUCUUGUUGCCAGUCUUCGGGAUCACGUGGCUGUUCGGAGUGUUUGCUGUCAACAGGGAAACUUCCGUGUUCCAGUACCUCUUUGUCAUCUUCAACAGUCUACAGGGGCUACUUAUCUUCAUAGUUCAGUGCAUUCUGGAUAGGAAAGUGCAGGAGGCGUUUAAAGCCAGGCUUACCAGGUGGUUUGCCACAGAGGUGUCGGCCACUGCUACCGAAAUGAAAGCGCGAAGUAGCAAAAUCGACUGAGAUGUCCACCAACUGCAUAUCUGACGAUUGUCUAGACUACAUGUAUAUACCAAUAAUCGAAUACAAAGAGCUUAUAGUGGACAUUCCACUAGUGUCUAUUAGUCUGUCCCUCUGAGGUUAGGAACUUCACAAUUCCAUGAGCCUCAUAAUGAUUAGCCUUCAAUGGAAACUACAACUUCAUUCCCUGAAACAAUUAAAAUUAAACAUUUUUUUUUCGAUACACGUUAAGGAUGCAUUCAAUUAAAUGCUAUAUCAUUAGAGAGAUAUACGAAGUCAUAAAUAUACCUGAGUAAGUUAUCGUGGGUAUAUUUUUAAUUAUUAAGCACUGCAGAAGUUUUAUAAUAACGCAGUUGAUACUAAUAGAAUCCAACGACCAGUAAUAUUUUCAAAUGAUCAAUAACUCUUAUUAUUGCAUAAAAUGUAUGUUUUCGGUCCGAUAUCGUGGUGUGUUAAAACGCAAAAACCCGGGCGUUAUCGGUAGAAAACUUAUGACCGGCUUUUUGUUUUACAUAAGCGCUUUAAUUCAGGGCUCGCAUCAUAACAAUGGCAGCUGAGUGACCUGGUAUCUGACGAAAGUGGUUCAACGAUGCCAACUUUUGCACAAAAAACAAAUUUCAGCAUAUAUACAUGUAGCUGUAUACAAAUAUCAACAAAUUAAAAAAACGCAUCUAACUUACAUAUUUUCUUCUGUUGUCUUUUCCUGGCAAGCUGAUGUGUGUUUACUAGUACUUUCUGCAGUUGUUUUGACUAUUUGUUUGCUUUAAAAGCACUAAAUUAAGUCUAAACGUUCAACUUCUCCGAACUUUAGUUAUUUCUUUCGAUUUUAUUCAGAACAAACGACCUAUAUGGACAUGAUCUCAUUACGUCGUAUGCAACGAACAAAGAAAUUUCAAAAAGAAAAUCUCUGAUGCUGAAGAUGGUAUACAUUUUAUCAAGAACAUGUGUUCAGGCUUAAAUUAAUUGUCAAAACAAACAAUGGUUAAAGUAGGACUAUAUCGGUAAUUAAUCGAUUACCCAAUAGGUAUUGUGUGUAAAUACUCCCAGUAAUCCAGUCAAUUUCCAAAGAAAACAACACUUUCCAAACGAAUGAACACUGCAAAAAAUUGGCGUCGAAACAAAAAUGCCACUGCCGAGUUAUGUUGCGGCCCGAAUCGAGCUUAAUGACAUUUAACAGCCUUUUUAAACACAAACGUUUCUCAUGGUGUGUAUUUUAUGCAAUAAUAGCGAUAAUACACCUUUUUGAGGUCGUUACCAUCUGCAAAGGCCCGCAAAAUGGUUUACAGCCCGAGUGCGUACCCUAUAAUCAUUUUGUUAUAAAAAUCAUAUUUAUAUAUGCCUAAGUAUAUUCUAGUAUUUAUUUUAUGUAUAAAGCUUAUCGUACUUGUAGUUUGGAAUCUAGUCGACUACUAAGUAGUGCACGGUUUGUGUCAGAAUAUAUAGUGAAUAUUUGUUGAUUCCAGAAAACGUAUUUUAUUUCCUGAGUCUUCUUAGAAGGAAGUUUAAACUGGCACAGCCACGAGUGAAAAUAUCAUUUAUUUUUCAAUUAUGACUGAAAUACAAUACCAUUUCACACUACAAUCAAUAGUGUUUCGCUUUCUUUUAUUCGUCUGUUUGGAUAUUUAUUAGUAAAUUCACUUACCCGCGUGGAGCCUCCAACGCUUGUCAUUACGCAUAUUAAUAAGCAUAAACUAAAUACAUGUUAGCCAGUAGUUUCAUCGUAUGUCAAUAGGAUGUUUAAAAAAACUUUUAACCCCUUUCUUUUAUUUAUUUUGUGUCAUGCAUUUAUUUAAAUAAAAUCCAUUAAUGGGAUUAAAGACGUUUUUAUUAUUUGUGUAAUAUCGUAAUGAAAUAAACAAUAAUUUUGAUUGAAAUAAUGUUCUUGUAUGAAAAUGUACAUUCGCAUUUAUGUUAUUAAAUAUGUUUGAGUUAUUGCUUAUCUCAUAUAUGCAUUACAGUUGUGUUUUUGUUAAUAUCAUGCAUGCUAAACUAUUAUU